CGCACCACUUCUAGUUGGCCAAUUAACGAAUUGUAUCCUAUUUUUGUUGAAAUUAUCACUGAAAAAUAUUAAAUAGCUAGUUAAAACAGAGAGCUGCCAAUAGCUGGUCAACGGGGCUCACAGAGGAGGCUGCAAUCGACAUGGCCACGCUUCCGCCGCGCAAGAGUCAGACGCCCACAAGGAUCUGCAUAUCCAAGCAGCACCUGACGCCGCUCCAAACAUUGCUCCAAAUGGGCUUUCCCAGGCACAGGGCGGAGAAAGCUUUGGCUUCCACGGGCAAUCGAGGAGUCCAGAUUGCCUCGGAUUGGCUGCUGGCCCAUGUAAAUGAUGCUACUUUGGAUGAAUGCGCCCCCAGGGAGUACAUCAUAUAUGCCUGUCCCACGGGUCCGUUUCUGCAGCAACUGGAGGAGUUCUGGGCCAAGUCGCGCCAAAUGUGCGGCUGGAAUGGAGCCCACAACUAUGUGCCGCACAUAACGCUGGUCUCGUUUUUUAAGGCCCCCGAUGAGUGCUCCCUGCAGCUGUCGAAGGCCCUCAAACAGGUGGUGGACAUGACGGGCGCUCUGCUGAAUCGACCCCUCAAACUGGAGCCCUACAUGAGCCAGAACUUCAUGGGCUUCUUUGUGGCUGAGGAGGAUGCCAACUUCUUGAAACGACUGGCCCUGCAGUACGUCAAGGAGGUGUCCAACUCAAUCAUUAGCGAUACCUAUGAGCAGCUGGACGCCAUUGUGGCCUGCUUCCCCUGGUGCGGAGCCGUCUCCUCGGGCACCCGCUGCAUACCGCGCAGCAGUCGAUCCAUCUCACUCGAGCCCCACGUAAAGAGCUUGCACCUGACGCUCGCCUACCAGUUCCCGCAGGCACAGUUCAAUGCACUGAAAGCACUCGUGGAGACCCUAGACGCCGGCUGCGCCUCCAAUUGGGAACUGCGACUCUAUUCCCGCGAUCCGCGGCUCGCCACCAAACAAGUCCAAAAGGUCGUUUAUCCGCACAAUCCGCACGAGACGGAUGAACUGGAGCUGCGCAUCGGCGACUAUAUCUACUUGAACACCGAGGUGGUGGACAGUUCCAGUGACGGUUGGGCCGAAGGCAUCUCCUGGUUGACCGGGAGCACGGGCCACCUGCCCGUCAAUUACACCGAACGCACUGCCGAGUCGGACGCCUGGACCCUGCAUCGAGUGGUGCAGCUCUCCAAGAGCGUGGCCUCAUCCCUGACCUCCGCCGAGGAUCUGGACAUUGUGGACGGACGCAGCAUAUCGACGGAACCCGAGGAGCGUCAGCACACCGCCCAUCCCGAGAUCAUCGAGGGCUCCUCCUUCGAGGAAUCCGAGCAGAGUGUGGAGAAGUACUUGCGGCAGACGCUGAAACCCUGUCUGGAACUGCCCUCCGUGCAGCUGCUCAACAGCCACAACUUGUCGCAUCAGCACAACCCGAACACGCCGACAAUUGAGAUCACAACCAACAUGUCUUCCUGCUCCACAUCCGUGUCCAAGCAGCCGGUGGAUGAGAUUUUGGUGGAACCGCCUGCAGCUCAGCCUCCUCGGCCGGACGACACACUCAGCGUCCACUCGGAGGAUCACUCGCUGCAUCCCGGCUCACUGGAUGCCUCGCAUGCCAAGAACCGCAAGAUCUACAUCAUGCGCCAUGGCGAGCGGGUGGACUUCACCUUCGGCACCUGGAUUCCCUACUGCUUCGAUGAGUUUGGCAACUACAUGCGGAAGGAUCUGAAUAUGCCCAAGACGCUGCCGCGUAGGAAGAACAGCCCCGAGGGCUGGCAGAAUGACUCGCCGCUGACCAAUGUGGGUGUCUACCAGGCCAAUCUCAUUGGGCAGGCUUUGUUCGAGGCCCAGGUGCAGAUCGAUCAUGUCUACUGUUCGCCCUCGUAUCGCUGCAUCCAGACUUGCACCAGUGCGCUGGAGGGAUUGCAACUCACCGGCAAGCACAAGAUCAAGCUGGAGCCGGGCUUGUUCGAGUGGAUGGCCUGGUAUCCCAGCGGCGUUCCCGACUGGCUGACUAAGAAUGAGCUAGUUGAGGCCAAGUACGAUGUGGAUCUGGACUAUGAACCGGUGCAGCCGGGCUCUGAUUUAACUGUUCGCCUUAAGGAGUCCACCGAGCAGUUCUACGAGCGUAACCACGACGUUAUCCUGCAGCUGCUGGAGCAGACAACUGGUAAUAUCCUGGUUGUGGCCCAUGCCACCACGUUGGACACCUGCUCCCGGCAACUGACCGGCGGAGUUCCACGCAGCACGAACGAGCUGCGCCAGGUGAUCCACAAGAUACCGUACUGCAGCCUGGCCACCGUGGAGCAGGUGGACGGCGUCUGGAAGCUGGUGGAGCCCGAAUGCCUGCCGGUGACGCACUCGAAGAACCCGCGAUUCGAGUGGAAUGCCCUGUCGGCCACCUAGUGUCAGUGCUUGGAGCAGUUUCUGUGCAAGCAUUGAGACUGAGAUUCGUUUUGGGAUUGGG